AUGCAGUUCGCUCUCUGGAUUGGCCUGCGCACCAGCGAGCUCGUGGCCCUGGAUUGGGACGAUGUUGACUGGCUGCGCGAGGAAGUGAUGGUGAGCCGAGCUAUGACUCAAGCCGGCAAGGGGAAGGCAGAGACUACAAAGACCGCCGCUGGGCGCCGCAGCGUGAAGCUGCUCCGACCCGCGCUGGAGGCAUUGAAAGCACAAAAGGCUCACACGUUCUUGGCUGACGUCGAGGUCUUCCAGAAUCCACGCACGCUUGAA